AUGCUGACCCUGCACUGCUGGAUAUGUCUCUCCUUCCAGGAGAAGGUCCUGGAGCUGGCAAAACCCCAGCUGGCCCUGGUUCCUCUUGGCUACAGCAUGACCCUGCUGCUGUGGGACCCCCAUGGCCCUGGGACACAGCUGCCCUUCCAGAGUGUCAUCUGGCAGGUGAUCGACACCAUCUUCCAAGAACUGGAGGCCUUGGGGGAUGGCACACAGAGCCUGCAGAUGGUCAGUCUGGUCCAGGUCAGCACCCAUGACAAAGCCUGGGACCUGAUCCAUCCCGAUGGCCGAGCCCUGCAAAUGCUGGAUGUGGCCCCCCUGGGCCUGAUGGUGGAGGAGGCAACAGAAGAGGCUGUGCCCGAUGCCCAGGCUGCCAUCAGUGCCUAUGCCAGGGGGCUGGCUGCCAUCCCAGUGUUGUUCCAGGGCUGUGCUCAGCAGCCCCUCGCAGAUGGGUGCUCAGCUGUUCAGGGGGCCGGCAGCCUCUUCACUCUCACCGUGGAGCGAGAGCUGGAGGGCGGCAGGCGCCAGCGCUCAGCCCUCAGGAUCCUGGUGUCCCCAGGGGCCCCCGGGCCCUGCCCCAGGCUGGAGUCCAGGGAACCUGGUGCUGUCUGCCUGCCCUGGGUCGUGGAGCGGCUGCUGGAGGGGAACAGCCUGACCUUCCUGCUGCUGUGUGUGUCACUGCCAGACACCUCCAGAGAGGAGAUUCUGGCAGCUCUGGGACUGGCUGAGCGGGUGAAGGGGCUGGCCAAGACCAUCUCUGCCACACUCUGGGAUCCUGAGGAGGAGAUCUCAGCGCGCCGGAGGGAGAUCCGAGGGCUGCGGGUGGAGCUGCUGGCUGGAUCCCGCCGCCCUGAGCAGAGGACAGCUGUGGCCCAGCUGCAGAGAGCGCUGAGGGAGCUGCAGCGGGACACAGAGCGCUGGCAGCGGGAGGUGACCGCGCUGGGCCUGAGCCUGGAGGCAGCGCUGCGGGAGCGGGAGGCGGCCGAGUGGGAGCUGGAGGCUCUGCUGCGCAAUCACCAGCAGGAGAUGCAGGCCUGCAGACAGCACCUGCUGCAGGUGCUCCGGGACCAGCAGCGCCUGGCAGAGGAGCAGCGGGAUGCCCUGGAGCGCCGGCACCGGGCGCUGCUGCACGAGGCGCUCCGGGACGCCGUGGAACUCGCCGAGCACAACCAGCAGCUCUGGCACGGCCGACAGGCAGGCACGGCCGAUGGCAGCACACAGACCCCCUGAGCCACGCCCAGGGCGUGGGCACCCCUCCCUGCACCGAGCCACCAGCGAUGCCAGGAGCCCGGCCAGCCCGUCACGAGUUAUACCACGCACAGCCUGCUCCGGCUGCUGCUCCCGAGGGAAAACCCUGCUCGCUGCUGGGAACCUGCCUGUGGGAGCACAGGCUCAGCCUGGUGGGAGGGCUGGCAGCCCCCA